AUGGAGUCUUCUAAGACCUUCAUGAGAAUGCUGCCAAUCACACCAGGCUACAGUGGCUUUGUGCCGUACGUUAGCUGCGAGGGAGCCUCCAGCGAGGAAGACAUGGGCCACUGCCUGAAAACCUUCCAGGAGAGCACGCGCAGGUACAAAGCCCGGCUGCAGGAGCUGCACUGCAAGGUGGCCGCUACCCCCAGACUGAAGCCCGUGUGCUCGGAGGAGACAGUGCAGCAGGCCGUGUAUGACUACUACCGGAAGUACCACCCCUUAAGUGUGGAGUGUAAACACAUAAGGAAACCUCCCGAGGAACCGCCCAUCCCUGGUUGGGCAGGCUACCUGCCCAGAGCCAGCGUCACUGAACUUGGCUGUGCCACGAGGUACAAUGUCAUGGCCAGAAACUGCUACAAGGACUUUGUGAACAUCACAGAACAGGCCAGGAGGGCACUUCUGAAGCCAUAUGAGAUAACUUAUGGAGUGAACGCCCCACGUCCCACUCCUCCUCCUGAAGUUUUGAUCCACCAAGGGCUGCUGCCCAGCUACCCAGAUUUCUCUGUGCCAGAUGGAAACUGCCCAGUCCUGCAAAGACCCUUGAGACAGGACUUCAGCACCCCGGUGACAAGUGGCUGCGCUCGGAAGCCAGACGCUUGGUACAGGGGGAAGUUGUACCUGCAGCCACUGUCCUCAGCAAGCUAUGCAGAAUGUUAAAUGCACAGAGGCCCCUAAAGAGGAAAGCUUACUAUUCUCACAUCAAAAUCAGCCGACACCUUAGUGCAUGAAGAAGACUUGUUACAAUGAACAUUCUCUGACUGCU